AACUCCCGGCUGCCAUCGUCGUCACUGGUAAUUGAAAGCGCGUUCAUUUAUAACUCUUAGUAGUCUGUUUCUUUACUUUUCAUUUUUAGGUUUUCUCGUGACCGCGUAGGUUAGAAGUUUAACUGGGGUAGUGUGGUGAUUCUAUUACAAUUUGUCUUACAAUAGUUUUAGUAAUAUAGGUGUGAACAAUGAAAGUGUCGACUAAUUUAGCACUUUGUGCUUUGCUAUGUUUAGCUAUUGUUAACGCGGAAAUAUACUUUGAGGAAAACUUCCCUGAUGACACCUGGGAAUCUGAAUGGACUUACUCUGAACACCCAGGAAAAGAGUUUGGAAAAUUUAAACAUAGUUCUGGUGCAUUCUAUAAUGAUGCCGAAGCUGAUAAAGGUAUCCAAACAUCUCAAGAUGCUCGAUUUUAUGCUGUUUCCAGAAAAUUCCAGCCGUUUAGCAAUGAAGGCAAAAACUUAGUUAUUCAGUACACUGUGAAACAUGAACAAAACAUUGAUUGUGGUGGUGGCUAUGUAAAAUUGUUCAACUGUGCUCUUGAACCUAAAAAAAUGCACGGUGAAACACCUUAUGAAAUUAUGUUUGGACCUGAUAUUUGUGGACCUGGAACCAAAAAAGUACAUGUUAUCUUCAGUUACAAUGAUAAAAAUUUGUUAAUUAACAAAGAUAUUCGCUGUAGAGAUGAUGUCUAUACACAUGUCUAUACACUUAUUGUGAAACCUGACAAUACCUAUGAAGUUUUAAUUGACAAUGAAAAAGUUGAAUCUGGUGAACUAGAAGCUGAUUGGGAGUUUUUAGCACCCAAAAAAAUUAAGGAUCCUAAUGCUAAGAAACCAGAAGAUUGGGAUGAAAGGCCAACUAUUGAUGAUCCAAAUGAUGAGAAACCAGAAGACUGGGAUAAGCCCGAGCAUAUUCCUGACCCUGCUGCAACUAAACCAGAAGAUUGGGAUGAUGAAAUGGAUGGUGAAUGGGAACCUGGAAUGAUAGAUAAUCCUGAGUUUAAAGGUGAAUGGAAACCCAAGCAGAUUGAUAAUCCCAAUUAUAAGGGAGUUUGGGUACACCCUGAAAUUGAUAACCCAGAAUACAAACCAGAUGAUAAAUUAUAUUCUAGAAAAGAAAUAUGUGCUAUUGGUUUUGAUUUGUGGCAAGUUAAAUCUGGUACCAUAUUCAACAAUAUUCUAAUCACUGAUGAUAUUGAAUUGGCUAAAGAAAAGGCAAAUUCAAUUUGGAAGCCUAGAUUUGAGGGUGAAAAGAAAAUGAAAGAAGCUCAAGAUGAAGAAGAAAGAAAGAAAGAAGAACAAGAAGCUAAAAAGUCAGAAGACAAUGCAGCUGAUGAAGAUGAGGAUGAAGAAGAUGAAGAACUUGCAUCAAAAUCUGAAGAGGCUCACGAUGAGUUGUAAAAAAAAAAAAUAUAUA